AUGAAAACAUUGCCGCCGAGAUCACCUGAUCCUCAUGAAAAGCUUCUUAUCGAGAUACGGUCUCAACCAAAACUUCGCCCUAUCAAAGAAGGCAAAGUCUUAGUUGAGACGUCACGGACUAAAUUGAAUUUAGACGAUGAUGAUGAGAGCCCAUUACCUGUAAGAAAAGUAAUCAAACCGGACUUUAACCUGAUUUUGGAUAACAGCUUUGAAGCUGAAGAUGAUGAUUCUUCCAGCCGUGAUGGAACUGAUGAUGAACGUAAGGAAUCCUACAAGAGACCUGCAAAUCGUGAGAACUCUACAGACAGAAAUGCCAAGCUAGUACGGAGACAUACAAUCAUGGUGUGUGAGUCCCCCACAGAAGCAAAGGUAGUCAACCUGCCUGGCCCCGACUCUCUUCACACUGUUAGUGAAGUAGAGGAGCUUUUCAACAGCAUCAUGGAAGUAAAAAAUAAUAACAGUAAAGAGAACCUGUCAAAGAUGGACAAUGAUUCCCCAACCACUCCUACUACUAUCACCCCCACUCCUCCUCCUGCUGCUGCCGCUGCUGCUGCUGCUGCUGCAAGUGGUGAAAAAGCUAACACGCAAGAUUUGAACGCAUCCAAAUUAAUGCAUGUAAGUUGGAAAAAUACCUGUCCUCGUUCCCAAGAGCACCAAACCCGUUCAUCCUGCAAAGAUUGUCGUCCUUUGUCUAAAAAAUGGCAGAAUCCUAUAGAAUGUCUUUCUUUAACCCUGGAUGAAGUAAUGCACAUUCGACAAGUGCUGACCAAGGCAGAAAUUGAAUCUCUUAUUACACAACCCCAACUCUAUGAUUUGGUCUCUAGAGGAAAAUUGUGUUUCUCUUGCAAAUCAGUCAAAUUCAGCCUGUUCAGUCAGUGGGGUAAUAAUUGCCGUUUCUGCAAGAGAGUUGUUUGUAAUAAAUGUAUACGCAAGUCUAAAUUGUUUCAUCAUCUUUUUUCUCACACUCUCUCCUCUCCCCCUUCUUCCUCUCUCUUCUCCUCCUUCUUCCUCUCUCGCUCCCCUCUUCCUCUCUCUCGCUCCCCUCUUCCUCUCUCGCUCCCCUCUUCCUCUCUCGCUCCCCUCUUCCUCUCUCGCUCCCCUCUUCCUCUCUCUCCCUCUUCCUCUCUUCCUCCUCUCUCUCUCCCUCCCUCUCUCUCCCCCUCUCAUCCCUCCUCUCUCAUCCCUCCCUCUCUCUCCCUCCCUCUCUCCCUCCCUCUCUCAUCCCUCCCUCUCUCCCCUCCCUCCCUCUCUCCCCUCUCCCUCCUCUCCCCCUCUCCCUCCUCUCUCUCCCCUCCCUCCCUCUCUCUCCCCUCUCUCUCCUCUCCCCAUCACCCCCAUCUUUUAAAUAAAUUGUGA